AUGUCAUUGGUUCGCGUGUGGUUUCCGGGAGAACCCGCCGAGCAACAGUGGGAAAGGGCGAGACGAUUCCUGGAGACAUCAAGCCGAAAUUUGGUCAAGGUGAAUGGCAUGCGUGAAGCGAUUGAGGAGCUCGAGAAGGUGGAAAAGACAGCAGGCGAUGAUGCCAGAAUGUUGAAAGUGUUGGCUGAGGCUCUGGAGUCUGAAGAAACGGAGCAGUUGAUCAAAGCAAGGGUAAACCAACCACGUGCCUCGGCUUGGACUGCAACGCCAGACUGCUUGAAAAGCCUCCGCCCUGACAUCAAUUGCAUGCUGGUCUACCAGUUCAGAACAUCCAGCUUCCAGGCCUAUUACCCGCGUCCACUGACGGAGGAAGCAUUGCGCAACCCGAAGAUCAAGAAAUUCUACAGCACCAGCAGAAGCUUUGGAGGCGGCAAAUGGACCAAAGUCCAGGCUUUGACCAUGGUGGUCCGUUUCUUAUGGCAACACCACAAGAAGCGGAAGUUCGACUGUAGCCAACAACCCGAUGACCGGAAGAUCAAGGAGAUGCUCCAGCGUGCAGAGGACGUUCUAGCUGGACGUGCAACAGACGAUGCGGACAUCGAUGCAGCACCCGAGCCUUUCAUCCCCGAAAGCGAAGUGCUACACCAAGCGGAGGACGAGCAUGAACGAGUUGAUCCUGCUCAGCUGCUGCCGGACGAUGACGACAGUGGCGACUCAGACGUUGAUGCCAACAAGAGUGACACGCUUGCGGCAGAAGCUGCAAAGCCUGAGGCUGCUCCGAUCAGGGGUCGGGGUCGCGGUCGGGGUCGCGGUGCGAAAGCAGGGACUGCCAAAGCCAGCAGCAAGCCGGUGCCAAAAUCUCAGCAGAAGCGUGAGUUUCCUACAGAAGUGAAGCAAAAGGUGGAAAAUGAACGUGCCAGGUUCAAGCCAGUGGUACGCGAGAUCACUAAAGAGCUUGCUGAGCCUGGCUUGGGACGUGAUCUCCAUGGUGGCUCAACCAGUAGCCGUGCGCCGCCGAGCCGGACAGGUGGUGACAAGCGAAAAGCCAAAGACGAGAGAAAGCCUGACAAGGACGAGAAGCGAAAGAAGCAGAAGACAUGA